UGUUCAUUUGCGUUAUCGCUCGACGGAGCAAGAAGUGCCGUUGCGAACAUGGGUAUUUUUUAUGCCACGACAGAUAACGACUUAUCGGGACGGUCAUGCGAAAAUAUUCGGUCGCGAUCAUAGCUUGAAUAAAAAGAUCAACCGUCGAGCGGACGGGCAGUCGAAAGCAUGAUUCCACCGAGGGCGCACUGCCAACGUGUACGUCCCAAGAGAAGACGACGGAUAUACCAGGAUAUACCGCGACGGAAUAGAUUGCCUCCUCGUCAUGUAAUGUCUAAGAAUGUGCGUUGUAUUUGUACAUAUCCGCGAAGCAAGGAAGCUGACCGAAAAUUCGUCGUGGAAAUGCUGUGGAAAGUGAAUACGCAAGGUGAUAAAUCGUGGUUGCUCGCAGAGUGUCAGGAAACCAGAGAUUGUGUUCUUAAAUACGCGAGGGAUAUAAAGGAACGAUGUGAGUUGUUAUUGAAGCGAUAUGCCGAGGAAUCGGUCAAUCGUCCUCUUACGACAACGUCGAUACCGGACGACGAAACCCCGCUCGAUCUGACGUUGUCGACAGCCACCGAGUCAACGAGGCUGACCGUGGAGAUGUCGUCGGAAAAGAGAUGGACGGUGCUUCAAAGAGGACGAGUCGUCGCAUUACCGGUGGCGACAACGACAAUCGAACCGUUUUCGUAUGCGAACGAAGCAUCGCACGAUUUGACGUUGUUCCCGGUCGUCGAGGAAGGUCUGUACGAGGAGAGAGUGGCAAUGAACACCGGUAUGGACGAGCAGGAGGAGUUCCGACGUCCGCAGCAACAACAGCAGCAACAGCAGUUGGACGAUCGUACGCUUUAGUUUCAACAAUGCUGCUAUUGAAUCAACCCAAGGGGAACAAAAAGUUACGGUAAUAUCAAAAUGACGUCAAAAAAACAUCAAAACAGCAGAAGUCACUAUGACAUCAAACCGGGAAUAAAAAUGACUAUAAUUGGACGUCAUUUUGAUGUCAUUGUGAUCAAUAUAUACCGUUGAUUUGUAUUCAAUAUUGCGCAAAAGUAGUAUCAGUAAUUUACAGGUGAUAAGAUAACAAGGACAGAAAUAAUUAGAAUUAUUUUUUAUUACAGUGCGUUUGUAAUACA